AUGUUAUAAUUUCUAUUGGUCUUGGUGUUCACUGCUACUAAAACCCUAAGCGCAUAACCGGUAACUUCUCGCCGGAAACGAUGAAAGCGGUCGAAAUCACAACUCCCGGUGGGCCGGAAGUUCUCAAGCUGCAAGAAGUGGAUGAGCCAGAGGUCGCGGAUGGCGAGGUUCUCAUCAAAGUGGAGGCUGCCGGCGUUAAUCGGGCCGAUACUGUUCAGAGGAAGGGAUCAUAUCCUCCGCCGAAGGGCGCCAGCCCGUUCCCCGGGCUCGAGUGUUCGGGCACAGUCAUUUCCGUCGGCCGAUCCGUGGACCGCUGGAAGGUUGGAGAUCAGGUAUGUGCUCUUCUUAGUGGAGGUGGAUAUGCAGAAAAGGUGGCCGUACCAGCUGGGCAGGUGCUUCCGGUUCCAAAAGGCAUAUCUUUGAGUGAUGCUGCGAGCUUUCCAGAAGUGGCUUGCACUGUUUGGUCGACAGUCUUCAUGAUGAGCCGCUUGACUGCUGGGGAAACUUUUCUGAUUCAUGGGGGAUCUAGUGGAAUCGGCACAUUUGCUAUCCAAAUUGCCAAGUACUAUGGGAUACGUGUAUUUGUCACGGCUGGGAGUGAAGAGAAACUCACCGCCUGCAAGAAUUUAGGUGCUGAUAUUUGCAUAAAUUAUAAAACUGAAGAUUUUGUGGCUCGUGUUAAGGAAGAAACUGGAGGAAAGGGUGUUGAUGUUAUACUUGACAAUGUUGGAGGAGCUUACUUUCAGCGUAAUCUUAACAGCUUAAACUUGGAUGGAAGGCUUUUCAUUAUUGGUUUCCAGGGAGGCACAAUUACCGAGGUCAACUUAUCAUCCAUACUUGCAAGACGCCUAACUGUACAAGGUGCUGGGCUGAGAAGCAGAAGUCCUGAGAACAAAGCAGUGAUUGUAGCAGAGGUGGAGAAGCUUGUUUGGCCAGCUAUUGAAGCAGGUAAAGUGAGGCCCAUUGUCUACAAGACUCUUCCACUUGCUGAAGCAGCAGAGGCUCACAGGAUAAUGGAGAGUAGUGUUCAUGUCGGCAAGAUAUUACUGAUUCCAUGAUCAGGAGGCAAAUGUCUUGCUUACCUUAAAAACACCUGUUUGAAUUGGCUUCAUGUUAAUAAAAGCGUGUAUGACAUGCAUAAUAGGGGGGUUUUGUAUGCCAUGCAUAAUAGAGUAUGUAUUGGUAUUUUUUAUGUAUGAUAUGGGCUCUUUCAUGAAAAUUCACUUGACUUGGGGGUUUUGUUAUUUUUAAUUUGAAAAAUUGAGUGUGCAAGUAUA